AAACCCUAUCCCAUCUCAGUACCCAACUUCCUUUUUUGGAUUCCAUUUACAGAGAGAAGAAAACUCAGUUGAGUGACUGAAGAAAAAAAAAUGGCAGAGAACAAGGAAGAGGAUGUUAAGCUAGGAGCAAACAAGUACAGAGAAACACAACCUUUGGGUACAGCAGCUCAAACAGACAAGGAUUAUAAGGAGCCACCACCAGCUCCUUUGUUUGAGCCAGGAGAGUUGUCGUCAUGGUCUUUUUACAGAGCUGGAAUUGCAGAAUUCAUGGCCACUUUCUUGUUCUUGUACAUCACUAUCUUGACUGUUAUGGGUCUUAAAAGAUCUGAUAGUUUGUGUUCUUCUGUUGGUAUUCAAGGAGUUGCUUGGGCUUUUGGUGGUAUGAUCUUUGCCCUUGUCUACUGCACUGCUGGUAUCUCAGGAGGACACAUUAACCCAGCAGUGACAUUUGGUCUGUUCUUGGCAAGAAAGUUGUCUUUAACAAGGGCUCUGUUCUACAUGGUGAUGCAGUGCCUAGGUGCAAUCUGUGGUGCUGGUGUUGUUAAAGGUUUUAUGGUGGGUCCAUACCAGAGACUUGGUGGUGGGGCCAACGUGGUUCAACCUGGCUACACUAAAGGUGAUGGACUUGGUGCUGAGAUUGUUGGCACCUUUGUCCUUGUUUACACUGUUUUCUCUGCCACUGAUGCCAAGAGAAAUGCUAGAGAUUCACAUGUUCCUAUUUUGGCACCUCUUCCUAUUGGAUUCGCGGUGUUCUUGGUUCAUUUGGCCACCAUCCCAAUCACCGGAACCGGUAUCAACCCCGCCCGGAGCCUUGGAGCUGCUAUCAUCUUCAACCAAGACCGGGCAUGGGAUGAUCACUGGAUCUUCUGGGUUGGACCAUUCAUUGGAGCUGCACUUGCUGCAGUUUACCACCAGAUAAUCAUCAGAGCCAUUCCAUUCAAGAGCAAAUCUUAAUUAUCUUGAAGAGUCUCAUGUCCUAUGUCUCUUCCCCUGUUAUAUUUCAAGACUCCUGUACCCCUUUUUCCCCCGUUUCUAAUGCUGUUGUCUCAUGUAAUUUUCUUCUCUUUUGAUGUUAAUUAUGUGUGUAAAUUAUCAGGUUAAUGAUGUAUCUAAGUCUAAAAAUUUUUAAUAUUAAAUAAUUACAUA